CUGGGAAUUCAAGUUAUGUGAUCGAUUGUACAGCUCUAAGCUGUAAAUCUGAAAAUCUAACUCGAAGAUAAUCAACAAAUCAUGUAACUCCCACCAUUAUUGUGCCAUUUUCUCCUUUUUUGGUCCCAUUGCUUUCUAUACAUAAAGCCUCUUCAACUGAGUCAGUCCCUUUCAUCAAAAAAAAAUUGUCAAAACUAUGUUUGGCCGUCGCCUUCGGUGUUUUGAACUUUCUAAGCGUGUGAAUAGCCUUCUGCAACGGAGUUUCAGCGUCGGCGUACGGAACCAUGCGGAAUCCGCAACAUUCAACUUGAGCGAGUAUAAAAGGUAUAUGCUGGACAAAGAGCCACCCAAACAAACUGUGUGCAGCAAGGAGGAAGCUCAGAACUAUAUAGAGAGAAUGGUGCGCAUUAGACAGAUGGAGAAUGCGUGUUCGAAUCUCUACAAAGAGCGAAAAGUACGAGGCUUCUGUCACCUUUACGCUGGACAAGAAGCUGUCGGUGUUGGAAUUGAGGCGGGCCUAAAGCCGGGUGAUGCCAUGAUAACAUCCUAUCGCUGCCAUGGUUUGAUGGUUACUCGUGGCGCUUCAGUGCUUAGUGUUAUUUCCGAACUUAUUGGGCGCAGAACUGGCGCAUCUAUGGGCAAAGGUGGCAGUAUGCAUAUGUAUUACAAGGAUUUCUAUGGAGGAAAUGGGAUAGUUGGAGCACAGUCCUCACCCCGAGAAAUUUCUACUCCCAUGUUAAGUUUUGCUAUCAUUUGCAACAAACCUAGUGCUGAAGAACAGCAGAGUUUAGAUCAGUUCAUCACUAGAAAUUUGGCCUGUCCGUUGCGUUAUUAUCUUUACGUCCCCUUAGGCGCCGGUGUUGCACUAGCGAUGAAAUACAGAAAACAAGAAAAUGUUUGUGUCGACAUGUACGGAGACGGUGCCGCCAAUCAGGGACAGGUUUUUGAGGCUUUCAACCUGGCCAAGCUGUGGAAACUCCCAGUAAUCUUCCUUUGCGAGAACAACAAAUAUGGUAUGGGUACCGCGGAUUGCCGAUCCAGCGCCUGCAUCGACUACUACACUCGUGCUUCUUACAUACCUGGUUUAUGGGUCAAUGGUAUGGAUGUCUUAUCCGUUCGGGAGGCAAUACGAUUCUGCCGGGAUUGGAUUAUGGAAGGCAAUGGUCCCAUUGUUUUUGAGGCAGAGACGUACCGUUACUUUGGGCACAGUAUGAGUGACCCGGGAACGAGCUACCGCACUCGGGACGAAGUCGAUCUCGUUCGAAAACAACGGGACCCGAUUAACCUCUUCUGUCAAAGCGUGGUAUCAGCGGGUUUGUUGACCGAUGCCGAAAUUAAGGAGAUCAACGCCGUCGUAAAGAAGGAAGUUGCACAAGACAGUGAUCAAGCUGAAACCAACCCUGAACCCGAUGUUGAGCUGGCCUAUGAACACGUACACAAACAACCGAUACCCGGAUUCCCAAUUCGUGGAUGUGACAUCUUGGACGUGCACUGAAACAAACCUUUCAGCAGCAUUGCUUUUAUUGCUGUGUCACUGCACGUGAUCCCCGUUAUGUGUCGUUGACCGCGACUGUGUUGUUUAUCAGAGCAGAGUACUUUGUCCGUUUAAAUGAAUAGCAUAGUAAAC